GUCAGUGCUGCAGCCCGUCAACGUGUACUGGCUGUUGCAGGUGCCCUAGUUAAACGGGCUAGCCUAGCACAAGCUGAGACUACCGCAGCUCACUGGCGGCAGCUACAAUUGGAAUCUGUGGCUGACCAAGAUCAGAUGGGGAUCCAUCAUGCUAUGAGCAGGCUACUGGAUCGAGAUAAUUCUACUUGGACUGGCAGCACUAAUACUUACCGACGACCAGUCCCACCAGUACUGUCGAGUCCGCCUGAAGAUGCAGGCCCACCUUGUGACUUAGUUCUGCGUCUGCUUAGUCGCAUAGAGGCCCUUGUCCUGGAGCGCCCACUUCACCCGUCUGGUACAGAGUCGACCUCUGCGACUACAGCUUACAGUAACAUGGAAGCUCGUCGCCUACUUGGCUUCUGUCUCUUGAUGGCUCUAUUGGAUGAACUCGGCGACACUGCGGACAGCAUUGAAAUAAAGGCUCCUCUAGAGGCGCAUGUCUUCAUGAGGGCACGCUUUCAGGUAUAUUUUUUGCUUUUUUCUAUUUUCUUAUCAUUGCUGUUGUUGCUCAGAGGCUUCAUAUUUUUUUAUAUUGAGUUACACUGUGAUAACCACUCUACUAUAUUUACUUAA